UUCAAAACUAAGGUUUCAGAAAAAUUGAAAUAUAGAAAAUAUAAAAAUAAUUGUUUUAUUUUCAAAAUUUACUGAUAUUCACAAAAGUAACUUCGAAAAUUCACAUUAGUAAAAGUAACUUUCUAACCGUUUCUCUACUUCUCGCUUAUAGAAAUGGAAAAAAUUCAAUUUAUAAUAUUAUUUAGUGGAAAAAGAAAAACUGGAAAGGAUUAUAUUUCAGAAAAUUUACAUAAAAAACUUGGGUCGAUAGAAAGCCAAAUAAUACGAAUCUCAGAACCGAUUAAAUCUGCAUGGGCUGAAAAAUUAAAUUUGAAUUUAAAAGAAUUAUUAAGUGAUGGACCUUAUAAAGAAAUUUAUCGCAAAGACAUGAUCAAAUGGAGUGAUGAAAUCAGAUCAAAAGAUUAUGGCUUCUUUUGCAGAGAAGCUAUCAGCAAAGCAAAUAGGGAAAUAAUAAUUGUUAGUGAUAUUAGAAGAAAAACAGAUAUAAAAUUUUUUCAAGAGACAUUUCCAAAUAAAACAAAAACAAUUAGAAUCUCAUGUUCGAAUAAUGAACGUGUAAAUAGAGGAUGGAUAUUUGAAGAUGGUGUUGAUAAUGUGCAAUCAGAAUGUGAUUUAGAUGAUUAUACUAAUUGGGAUUUAGAAAUAUUGAAUGAAAACCAAGAUAUUAAUGAAAUCAUUGACAUUAUCCUAAAGUCAUUUAAUAUAAUUUGAUUAAGAUUAAAAAUUAAUUAUUGUACAAAAUCAAUUGCCUAAUAUUCAAUCAUACAUACAUAUUUUGUAUUUUUCUAAAAAGUUAUAUUCGAAUCAUAUUUACCUAUGUAAA